AUCCCGACACGUGAUCCCGUUUGCCCCUCCCAUUUAACCGCAGAUGCCGCGCGUCUGUUCCCGGGCCCCGCCUCCCGAUGAUGUAACAAUCUCUCCGCGCAUGUUCACAGUCUCCGGGUGGACGGUGUUAUCCUCUCCGCUCAGAGCUGAAGUUGGUCGGCCGUGUGAUCGGGAAAGAUUUUCGUCUCUUCCGUCGGGAUCACUGUCUGGGGUCCGAAGAUAUCACUUUCCCAUCGUUAGACCUGCAGUGAGAGAUUUAUUGGAAGAAAACCCAGGACUGAAGACGAGGGAACAGCAACAAGUGAACCAGCCCGAGGACUGAGAGCAUCAACUGGAGAGAACCCAUCUGACUCGGAGAUUCCAGUGAUUCAGUCAGGAGAAAGUUUGGUUAAAAACAAGAAGGAAUUUGUCUCCAGGAAGUUAAAACACGGCACACCAGUUUUGUUGUCUCUGUCUAUAUUUAAGGAGCAAGGGAUUCAAUCGACCAUCCUUCCUGCUCAACUGUGGGGAGGGAUUUAUUCGGUCAUUUGACCAACUGGCAACCCGUCAUUUUACACAGGAGAAAGGCUGUUCACCCGUUCAGACAGUGGGAAUGGAUUCAGUCGGUUAUCACAAUUGAAGGUACAUCAGUAAUUUCACACUGGGCAAGGCCAUUCACCUGUUCUGUGUGUGAGAAGGCGUUCAGUCGGUCUUCCCACCUGUGGACACACCAGUCAGUUCACACUGGGCAGAGGCUGGUCAUCUGCUGAACAUCUGGGAAAGGAUUCACUCUGUCAUCUGACCUAAUGGCUCACCAGCGUGUUCACAUUGGGGAGAAGCCAUUCACCUGCCCAGUCUGUGGGAAGGGAUUCACUCAGCCAUCCACCCUACAGAGUCACCAGCGAGUUCACACUGGAGAGAGGCCUUUCACCUGCGCAGAAUGUGGGAAGGGAUUCACUAAGUCAUCCACCUUACUGGUACAUCAGCGAGUUCACACUGGGGAGAAGCCAUUCAGCUGCUCAGUCUGUGGGAAGAGAUUCACUCAGUCAUCCCACCUACAGAGUCAUCAGCGAGUUUACACUGGGGAGGGGCCGUUCACCUGCUCAGAAUGUGGGAAGAGAUUCACUUAUUCAUCCACCCUACAGAGUCAUCAGCGAGUUCACACUGGGGAGAAGCCGUUCACCUGCUCAGUCUGUGGGAAGGGAUUCACUCAGUCAACCCACUUACAGAGACACCAGCGAGUUCACACUGGGGAGAAGCCGUUUACCUGCUCAGAAUGUGGGAAAAGAUUCACUGAUUCAUCCGCACUACAGAAGCAUCAGCGAUUUCACACUGGGGAGAAACCGUUCACCUGCUCAGAAUGUGGGAAGAGAUUCACUGAUUCAUCCACCCUGCGGAAGCAUCAGCGAGUUCACACUGGGGAGAAGCCGUUUACCUGCUUAGAAUGUGGGAAGAGAUUCACUCAGUUAUUCAAUCUACAGAGACAUCAUCGAGUUCACACUGGGGAGAAGCCUUUCACAUGCUCAGUCUGUGGGAAUAGAUUCACUGAUCUAUCCACCCUACUGAGGCAUCAGCGAGUUCACACUGGAGAGAGGCCGUUCACCUGCUCAGAGUGUGGGAAGGGAUUCACUCGGUCAUCCCACCUACUGGCACACCAGCAAGUUCACAUUGGGGAGAAGCCAUUCACCUGCUCAGUCUGUGGGAAGGGAUUCACUCAGUCAUCCAAUCUACAGAGACAUCAUCGAGUUCAUACUGGGGAGAAGCCGUUCAUCUGCACAGUCUGUGGGAAGCGAUUCACUGAUACAUCCACCCUACUGAGUCGUCAGCGAGUUCACACUGGGGAGAAGCCGUUCAUCUGCUCAGAAUGUGGGAAGAGAUUCACUGAUUCAUCCACCCUACGGAAUCAUCAGCGAGUUCACACUGGGGAGAAGCCAUUCACCUGCUCAGUCUGUGGGAAGGGAUUCACUCAGUCAUCCCACCUACAGAGACACCAGCGAGUUCACACUGGGGAGAAGCCGUUCACCUGCUCAGAAUGUGGGAAGAGAUUCACUGAUUCAUCCGCCCUACUUUGUCAUCAGCGAGUUCACACUGGGGAGAAGCCGUUCACCUGCUCAGAAUGUGGGAAGAGAUUCACUGAUACAUCCACCCUACGGAAGCAUCAGCGAAUUCACACUGGGGAGAAGCCGUUUAACUGUUCAGAAUGUGGGAAGAGAUUCACUCAGUUAUCCAAUCUACAGAGACAUCAUCGAGUUCACACUGGGGAGAAGCCGUUCACGUGCUCAGUCUGUGGGAAGAGAUUCACUGAUCUAUCCACCCUACUGAGUUAUCAGCGAGUUCACACUGGAGAGAGGCCGUUCACCUGCUCAGAGUGUGGGAAGGGAUUCACUCAGUCAUCCCAACUACUGGAACACGUCAAUUCAUAUUGGGGAGUGGCCGUUGUUAUGAAUCCCUAGGUUUCGUUUGCUGUGGACUGUCAUUUUAAGAGAGAGAAAUUAAGAAGUCUGACUUGCAGCUUGUUUACAUCGCUCGCAGCUUGUUUCGUUUUAACCGAGGACACAGACACUCAGAGUCAGACGGAGACGGAUGAAAAAUGAAAGGAUUGAAACCAGGGAAAUAGUGGCCAAAGGUCACUGUUUAGAACAUUCCUAGGCCCACAAGGGUGGGUUAAUUAUCCAUUCGCCGUACAUCGAAUGUGUGGUUGUCACCUCAUUUAACCCAUAGGAGUGGAUCUGAUUUGGGAUAUCCUGUUUAGACCACUUAUGUGUUAACCCUUGCCUGUGUGUGAUGUGGUCAUUCAUUUGAAGAUGAUACCCCUCAUGACAAGUCACAUUCGGUGAUAAUUCGUAUGUAGAUUUGUAAAGAUGAUGGAUAAAAUCUACAGCAACUGUUCUCUCAUUUUAACACUGUGGAACCUGCAGAACAGACAGACAGACAGACGUACUUUAUUGAUCCUGAGGAAAAUUGGGUUUCGUUACAGCCGCACCAUCCAAGAUAGUGUAGAAAUAUAGCAAUAUGAAACCAUCAAUAAUUAAAUAAUAAUAAGUUAAUCUUUGCAAGUGGAAAUAAGUCCAGCACCAGCCUAUUGGCUCAGGGUGUCUGACACUCCGAGGGAAGAUUUGAAAAGUUUGAUGGCCACAGGCAGGAAUGCCUUCCUGUGAUGCUCAGUGUUACAUCUCGGUGGAAUGAGUCUCUGGCUGAAUGUAUUCCUGUGCCUAACCAGUACUUUAUGGAGCGGAUGGGAGUCAUUGUCUAAGAUGGCAUGCAACUUGGACAGCAUUCUCUUUUCUGACAUCACUGUCAGAGUGUCCAGUUCCACCCUCACAACAUCACUGCCCUUACGAAUGAGUUUGUUGAUUCUGUUGGUGUCUGCUACCCUCAACCUUCUUUCCCAGCACACAACAGCAAACAUGAUAGCACUGGUCACCACAGCCUCGUAGAACAUCCUCACCAUCGUCCGGCAGAUGUCAAAGGACCUCAGUCUCCUCAGGAAAUAGAGAUGGCUCUGACCCUUCUUGUUAACAGCCUGAGUGUUCUCUGAGCAGUCCAGUUUAUUGUCAAUUCGUAUCCGCAGAUAUUUUUAAUCCUCCACCAUGUCCACACUGAUGCCUUGGAUGGAAACAGGGGUCACCGGUGCCUUAGCCCUCCUCAGGUCCACCACCAGCUCCUUAGUCUUUUUCACAUUAAGCUGCAGAUGAUUCUGCUCGUACCAUCUGACAAAGAUUUCCACCAUAGCUCUGCACGCAGCCUCAUCUCCCUUGCUGUUCGACAUAACUGCCUUCUCUUGACAUUUACCCUAAAUUACAAAUAUCUCUCCCAUCACCUAUUUUGUGGAUAAACUGAACUUUCAUACUUUACAAUCUCAGGACUCCAAGCCUUGUUUCCCCUGAGCUCAAUAGUUUGGGAGUUAAAUUUACACACAUAUAUACACAUAACACUGUUAAUUUUCGUUUAACUUGCUUAAGUUACUAUAUUAUAAGUGGAUACUAAUAAGCAUUGUGGUUUUCACAUCAAAAACAGACUCCAGUAGUAGUCUGUUGCUGCUGGUUCGUUUCUGAAGCGUUACGGUUCUCCUGCAUCUGGGUUAUGAUCAAAUUUGAGGAUUGAUUAAUUAUCAAUUUCAUUGGGGAAAACUCUUUAGAUUUAUUUCUGUUUGGGAAAUUUGCAGCAAUGGAUGUUGAUCGAUGUCAGGAAGCGCCAACCUCUGAGGCAUUAGAGGACGCCAGAAGGGUUGAGUUGUUGAGUAUUGCUGAAAGGUUAAAACUUGUUAAGGUGAAAUUGACAAUGAGGAGGGCACAGAUGCAGAGGGUGAUAGCUGAACAUUAUGUAUCUGAGGGUGUGUUUAAAGUGGAGGAGUUGGAGGUGUUUCCUGAAAGUGAACCUCGUGAGCUUGAGCUCCAGUACAAGUGAGAAAAAUUAAAGAUGGAGGCUGCGGAAAGGCAGAGGCAGUUUGAGGCUAGAGAGGCAGAAAAACAGACAGAAAAUUGUCUCAUAAAGUGUGAUAAAGGGAAAGGCUUAGCAUGCCUAUACUGCUUUGCCAGUUGAUGAAGCAGCUGAUUUUUUUUUAUACUGCACCAAUCAUCGCCACUGGGCUAUAAACGUGCAGGAGCAGUGUGUGGUUCAGUGCUUUGCUCAAAAACACUCACACUGCCUCGGCUGAGGCUCGAAAACAUGACCUUCAGAUCACUAGUUCAACACCCUAACCAGCUGGCCACGCACCACACAUUAUGACCUAGUGAAGCAGGCUGUGCUCAAAGCUUAUGAGUUGGUCCCAGAAGCAUAAAGGCAAAAGUUUAGAAAUUUGAAGAAACCUGUGAACCAGACUUAUAUGAAAUUUGCUUAUGAGUAAUUUGUGUGUAUUGCCCGCUGGUGCACAUAUAAAAAUGUAAAUGAUGAUUUUAACAGCUUGAACGUGUUGGUUUUAACUGAAGAAUUCAAUAAGUGUGUCCCUGAUGACAUAAAGACAUAUUUAGAUGGAAAUGAUGCUGCCACUAUGCAGGAGUCUGCUAGAUUAGCAGAUCAGUUUGCUUCAACUCAUAAGCGUAUGGUUACCCUGAAUAAGAGUUUCGAAAAGAGUAGCAGGGAUGACCAGGGUAAACCAGAAAUUAAUGCUGGGAUUUGUCACACUUGUCAAGUUUUGGCUAAACCUCAUCAGGUCACCCCAGUGGCCCCACUGUGGUCUAUACCUGCAUUCUGUGAACCCUUUUCUAAAGUUAUAGAGAAUUAUGUUGGCCCAUUGCCAAAGACUAAAGCUGGCCAUCAGUAUCUGCUAACUAUUAUGUGUACUGCGUCCAGAUUCCCAGAGACAAUACUGCUCAGAAAUAUUAAAGAUAAAACUGUG